GUCAGACAGUAGGCAGGACUCUAGUCUUCAUCACGAUCUUAGGUUUCAUCCCUGUCUGACCAUCUCCCAAGUCCCUACGGGCACCUAAACCGAUCGAGUUGCCGUCAAGGGCCUAUGGCGCCCGUCCAAUUUACCCCCUUUGCGUCAACAGUAUCUCCUGCUUUCUGGCACACACUCACCAAAGUUAAGCUUGAAGUCCAAAAGCUAUCGUCUGACGUGCUCCCCAUUGUCGCGUCGUAUAAAGCCGGAAGGACUUUUCGAGAUCGAGAAACUGGUGUGGAUGUCUCACUCCCUUCUGAUUUGUCUCUGGCAGAGGAUGCUUUCGAUCCUCCAGAUCAAGCACGGUCUGGCCGUGGAGCCGCCAUUUCAAGGGGAUAUUUCAAGAAUUUCAACACGAUAGAGGAAUUCAAAGCUGCUGACAAGCAGUUGCUCUUCAAUAAUUUGUGCGGAGAGAUAUGGGAGGCAUUUAAAGACCCAAAUGCUGACCCAUCAGAGUUCCUGACACGUUUCUUGCUCAUCACCUUUGCCGAUCUUAAGAAGUACAAAUUCUAUUACUGGUUCGCCUUUCCUGCUUUUGUCUCUAAACCGCCAUGGGAUAUUGAGGAGGAUGGAUGGAAACUGGCAUCAGAGGAAUUUGGGACCUCCGGUUUGGAAUCGAUAUCCGCAGGAUUGGCCUCCAAGAAGUCCAUUUCAGCCUUCUUCCUUGCCAAGAAAUUGAAGGGGACUGAUAAUUACGAAGUUGAAUCCCUCAAAAAUCUCGCAUCCUUCUUUGAAGGAGUGUCACCCUCGGAACGGAUAAUUGGGUUUCUGGAUCCAUCGUCUCAAGUACAAAAUCCUGGCUGGCCGCUUAGAAAUCUAUUGGCAUAUUUGACAUGGGUAGCCCAGGCACUAGGUUCGGCCCACGACAAGCCUUCAUACAGUAUUUUGUGUUGGCGGGACCUGGAAGUACCAAGACAGGGGCAGCAUUGGAAAAGUCGAAUCGGCCUCGUACAUAUCCAAGGGCCAUCCCCCGAGCUUUCGAGCAGGCCAACAGCCGUCGGUUGGGAGAAGAACCAAUCUGGAAAGCUGGCGCCCAGAUUUGUUGAUCUUUCUCCUAUAAUGGAGCCCACAAACCUCGCGGAGCAAGCUGUCGACCUCAACCUUAAACUUAUGCGAUGGAGGCUCCUUCCGUCGUUGAACCUCGAGAAAAUCUCGUCAACAAAGUGUCUGCUUCUCGGCGCCGGAACUCUCGGGUGCUUUGUGGCCAGAGCCCUGUUGGCGUGGGGAGUGAGAAAGAUUUCACUUGUUGACUAUGGUCGGGUAUCUUUUUCAAAUCCCGUACGCCAACCGCUUUUCGAGUUUGCAGAUUGCCUGGACGGAGGAAAACCCAAAGCCGAGGCUGCUGCGGCUGCCCUCAAACGGAUAUUCCCCGGAGUCGACGCGACUGGACACAUGCUGUCUAUACCUAUGCCUGGGCACCCGGUUCCAAGCUCCACCUCCUCUUUGGUCGAACAGUGUAAGGCUGACGUCGCUCGGCUGGAAAAGCUAGUCGAUGAACACGAUGUCAUAUUUCUCCUAAUGGAUUCGAGGGAGAGUCGCUGGCUCCCAACCCUCGUAGGGAAAUCCAAGAAUAAGAUCGUUAUCAACGCUGCACUUGGCUUUGACUCAUUUGUCGUUAUGCGACAUGGAGCCCGUGAAUUGGGAGGAAACAGUCCUAAACUGGGCUGUUACUUCUGCAAUGACAUCGUUGCUCCUACAGAUUCAUUAACCGACCGGACACUGGAUCAGAUGUGCACAGUCACUAGGCCGGGAUUGGCGAGCAUUGCAAGCUCUAACUCUGUUGAACUGCUCGUUUCGCUGCUCCAGCAUCCUGCGGGGAAUGGCGCACCCGCGCCACCGCCUCCCAGUACUGGUGGCUCCGGGAACGAAGAGAGCGUACUUGGUCUCGUUCCGCAUCAGCUGCGUGGAUCACUUGCUCAUUUCACUCACAACCUUAUUACGGGCACUUCAUACGAACGGUGUACUGCAUGCAGUAACAUUGUGAUUGAAGAAUACGAGCGGAAAGGGUUCGAUAUGCUCAUUGAGGCAUUUAAUGAUACGAAGUACCUUGAACGAUUGACUGGCCUGGACAAGCUGAAAGAAGAGACGGAUGCGGUUUUAGACGACGUGGAAUGGGCAUCAGAUGACGAAGACUAGAAGUAGGCAGGGCGUCAGUUACACUUCCUGCAUGUAUGCGCAUGUCCGAUUCCGAGUCGAUUGUAGCCAGAGAUCGAAAUUCUUCAGCUUCGUUUCAGCUUCGCAGCUGCUUCUUAUGGCACAUCAUCUUUACUCUCACUAUGCGUGACUUUGUC